AUGGUCUUUGGCCGGUCACUGACCGAGGCAAGGCUGAUCAGUUCAGCCAACUAUGUGCGGACAGAGCUUCCGACGAGACUCGCACAUCGUAUUCGAGACAUGCAACAGCUGCCCUACGUCGUCGUGACCAAUCCCCACAUUAGUGAAGUGUACGACUUGUACUACACUGCCUUUGAUACCUUCCGAAAGGUAAAGGAGAUCAAGAACCUCGAUGACAAUGAGCGCUUCUGCAAAACGAUCAGCCAGACGCUCAAGGCACACUUGUCGGUCAUCCCGAAGCUGGCCAUGGGGAUACUGGAAAGCAGCGGCCUCAUGCCCGCUGAGGAGCUUGACCAGUUCAUGAAUACUAUAUUAAGAUCAGUAUGUCAAAUUGCUGAUCCCCCUCCGAGCUUCGAUGCUGACAUACAUAGCGUAUCUCACGCCGAGUCAUCGCGGAACAGCAUCUCUCCUUAA